UCACGCUCACGUGUUCUCUUGCCCAAUCAGAACUCUCGGCUCGUCCAGAACGCGGAAGUGAAGGGACUGUUUUUACACGAGGUUGCUCCCGAAUCGCGAAUAAAUAAAUAAAAGAAAGAAAACCAGGCGAAUGUUAGGAAGUGAAAGCAUUUAGUGUCGGUUGCGCGUUACAUCCCAAAAGUAUAUAAAUGUAACAGAUCAGGCAAAAAAGGAAAAAAAACCUUUUUGUGUAGAACUGAAAGGGCCUGGCAGCAUGACAUGGAGUACAGUAUAGCUAGACUAAACCCAUGAUCAAAUAGCAAAAAGUGCAUCUACAGUAUAUCAUGACUUUAUUUUUGCUUUUCUAAGUUUAUAAAGUCAUUGUAGCGUCUCCUGCUGCUCAGAUGAGCAGUCCUCAGAGGUGUCCAGGAGAACUGGAGGAGGAAUGGAGUGGAGCAAAGAGGGUGUGCCUCAGGGUUCAACACGAGGACCUCACUACAGAGCCUAAAGCUGCCACUCUGGAGCGUCUCUCUGUCAAUAUGGAGUCCAGCAAUGCCUCUAAUGAGGUGAAACAUGCCACUGUAGGAUCUUCAGCUGCCAGUCUGGGGGCUACAGGUGCCACUGAAGAGGCUUUUGUUGCCACUGUGGAGUCUAAAGCUACCACGAUGGAGUCUUCUGUUGUAGCUGCCAUUUUGGAGGAUAAAAACGCCACUUUCGGGGUAGAAGGUGCCACUAUGGAGUCUUCUGUUGCUAGUCUGCAGUCUACAGAUGCCACUUUGGGGUCUAACACAACUUUAUGGUGUAACAGUGCCACUUUGGGGUCUGACAGAGUGGCUUUGGAGUCUAUUGAUGCCUAUUUGAGAUCUAAUGAUGCUACUUUGGGGUCUAACCAUGUCUCUUUGGAGUCUAAUGAUGCCACUUUGAGGUCUAAUGAUGCCACUUUGGAGUCUAAUGAUGCCACUUUGAGGUCUAAUGAUGCCACUUUGGGGUCUAAUGAUGCCACUUCGAGGUCUACUGAUGCCUCUUUGAGGUCCAGUGAUGCCUCUUUGGAGUCUUCCAUUGCUACUCUGAAAUCUGUUGGUGCCUGUGAGAAGGUAGAAAGCAGCAACAUUCAAGUGUCGGUGAUCAUACCGGUGUAUAACGGUGCUAAAUGGCUGGAUGAAUGUCUUCAGGCUGUUUUAGAUCAGGACUUCCAGGGCACUUUGGAGAUCUCAGUGUUUGACGACGCCAGUACGGAUAACUCCAGAGGGAUUGCUGAAAGCUGGAGAGAAAGGCUGAGGAUGAGAGGCGUUACCAUGGUGAUAUCAGGCCAUAAUACAGACAGACCAAGAGGAGUUGGAUUUGCCAAAAACAAAGCUGUGGCUCAAAGCUCUGGACGAUAUCUGUGCUUCCAGGAUGCGGAUGAUGUCAUGAUGCCCCAGAGAGUGAGACUGCAGUAUGAAGCUGCUGUCCUGAACCCCGAUACCAUUGUUGGGUGUCAGGUGAGGCGUAUUCCAGAAGGUUCCACUGAGCGCUACACCAGGUGGAUCAACACACUCAGUCCAGAGCAGCUACUUACGCAGGUCUACACCUCUCACGGACCAACGGUCGUCAUGCCAACAUGGUUCUGCUCGCGCCAUUGGUUCCAGAAAGUCGGAGCUUUUGAUGAAGGAGGCAAGGGGGUUCCGGAGGAUUUGCUGUGGUUCUACCAGAGUCUUCGCCAGGGAGGGGGCGUGAUCCGAGUGGACGAGUGUCUGCUGAUUUACCGCUACCACGAGCAUGCGGCAACACACUCUGUACUAGAGGAAACCAUCUGGAACCUCCGAGUGCACUUCUUGGAGGAGAGAGUGCUCGGACAAUGGGAUUCAUUCACCAUAUGGAAUGCUGGGAAACAGGGACGGAAACUGUACCGCAGCCUGACAUCCACCAAUCAGAAGAAGGUGAAAGCAUUCUGUGAUGUAGACGAGAACAAAAUUAAAAAGGGCUUCUACACAUAUGAGGAAUCAAAGGAACGUCCCAAACCCAGAGUCCCUGUGCUGCACUACAGAGACUCAUCACCUCCAUUUAUAGUGUGUGUAAAACUGGAUAUGACCGGCGGCGUGUUAGAGGAGACUCUGCUCUCUCUCUGUUUAACGGAGGGAGUGGACUACUAUCACUUCAACUGACUGAUGGACAGAUAACGGAGAGAAAGAACAAGUGAAGAUGUGACACAUGAAGACUGAACCACAGACAAAAGGAAAAGAGUUGGAGAGAAGAGAGAGGGAAAUGGGACAUGUUCGUGUGUGUGUGUGUGUGUGUGUGUGUGCUCAGUGUUACUGUAUGUAGCUGAUAAGUGCAGCGAUUAGAGAGCAGCUCUGAUUGGUCAGCGUGCUUUUAUUGUUUACUUUUCUCUAAACCUCAAAACACUCAUUCAUCCUGUUAUCUGUGUUUGUGUGUGUGUGUGUGUGUGUGUGUGUGUGUGUUAGUGUUACAGAGUGUUGAAAGACAGGAGUGUGGCCUUCAUGGGCAGGAGGCAGACAGAGGAAUGUGUGUGUUGUGUUAAGGCAUUAUCUGAGGUCAGCAGCCACGUUCCUCCCUGCGUGUGUGUGUGUGUGUGUGUGUGUGUGUGUGUGUGUGUGUGUGUGUGUGUGUAGGAGGGGAGAAUUCAGGGAGUCUGUCUACUUAAAUCAGUAUGGAGAAUUACUCUGAUGUUUUUAUCCCUUUUCAUUUUCAUUUUAUUUACUCAAAUGUUUUAUUUAUUCAUUUUUUAUUCAAAUAUCAGCACUUGUGGUGCUGUUGGUGCUCUUAAUAAAGUUACUUAAGUUUUUAUGAUCUAUUUGUGAACAGGAAUUACUUCUGUGUGUGUGUUUGUGUGUGUAGGUGUGUGUUGAUGCAAUAUUUAUUUAAGAUAUUUGUUAGU